AUGUUUUCCGUAGCCUCAAAACAGGUCGCACGAUGCGCAUUGAAACAGCAAUGCCGUGCCUUCAGCUCAACCCCCACUGUUGGAGCUGCUGCUGAGGUCAAGAAGUUGGGUGUUAUUGGAGCAGGCCAAAUGGGCCUUGGAAUAGCUCUCGUAGCAGCACAAAAAGCCUCAGUACAAGUCCGGUUAAUUGACAACUCCCAAGCAUCAAUCGACAAAGGCCUAAAGUUUGCGGACAAGCUUCUCGAAAAAGAUGUCGGAAAGGGCAGAAUCUCGAAAGAUGACGCCACCGCAGCAAGAGAGCGAUUGACGUCCAGCACAUCACUCAACGAUCUGUCAGACGUCGAUUUCGUAAUCGAGGCGGUACCGGAGAUUCCAGACCUCAAGCAUAAGAUCUUCUCGCAACUCGCACAAAUCUGCCCAUCACACGCUAUCCUAGCCACUAACACGUCUUCUAUCUCGAUUACCAAGAUCGCGGCGAGUACUACCACAGACCCGACAGAUCUCUCGGCCUCGUCACGCGUCAUUAGCACACACUUCAUGAACCCGGUCCCCAUCCAAAAAGGCGUAGAGAUCAUCACCGGCCUCCAAACCUCGCAAGCCACCGUCGAGACCGCAAUCGCCUUCUGCGAGAAGAUGGGAAAGAUCGCUUCCAAGUCUGCCGACAGCCCUGGUUUCCUCGCAAACCGCAUUCUCAUGCCGUACAUCAACGAGGCCGUUAUCUGCUUGGAGACAGGCGUAGGCGCGAAGGAAGACAUUGACAGUAUCAUGAAGAAUGGCACGAACGUACCCAUGGGACCGCUGCAGUUGGCAGAUUUCAUCGGUAUCGAUACAUGUCUGGCGAUCAUGCAGGUCCUGUAUCAUGAUACCGGUGACUCCAAGUACCGACCUGCGGUGCUAUUGAAGAAGAUGGUAGAUGCAGGAUGGUUGGGAAAGAAGAGUGGAAAGGGAUUCUAUGAUUAUUAG